AUGGCAACAAUUAUAAAAUGUAAUAACGAUUCGUGUGACUUUAAGAAAGAUAUUGGAAGAAGAAAUGCUGUUCCAAUAAUUUAUACUCGAGGAACUCAUUUUGAAAUUGGUUUUGAUAUUGGUCGUACCUUUGCUAAAAUAAUAAACGAGUUUGUAGAUUGCUACAAACCGCUAAACGAGACAUAUUUGGCGGCGUACAGCACUGAAGAAGGAAGAAAAGUCUACGAUGAAACAUUAGAGUGCGUUAAAAAACAAUUUCCGCAAUAUGUACGAGAAAUUGAAGGUACAGCUGCCGGUGCAAAUGUACCAUUUUACAAGCUAUUUCUUAUGCAUCUCGAUGAUAUUGUUCCCAAUGUCGUUAACGGAGAAAUGGCGAGUACUAAACAGCCUGUUGGAUGCUCAUCUAUUGUCUGCAAUUAUCCUGGACAGGAAAUUUUAGGGCACAACGAAGAUGCUUUGAGUGAAACUUUAAAUUAUUGGUACAUAGUCUGCGCAGAUAUAAACGAACCUGGAUACAAAAAAGAAAAAUUUUCAUCUCUCUCAUACGCAGGAUUUCUUCCUGGUUACACAAUGGGAUAUAAUUAUCACGGAUUAGUAUUCAGUAUCAACACUCUGAGUGCAAAAACGCUGAGAUCAGGAAAAACUCCACGAUAUUUCCUAGCUCGAGCUCUUCUUGGCGUAGAAAAUUUCGUUCAAGCUCAACAAACCCUGAGAAACAAAGGAUACGGCGCCGCGGAAGGUUUUUCAGUGAACAUGACAUUUUUAGAACAAGAAGGCGAUAGAAUGUUUCACAAUGCUGAAGUUGGUCCAGUUGAAAAAGAUUCAGAUGAAUCACAACUAAGUAUUCUUACUGCUAGUCCCGGUGAAAAUAUAUUUCACUGCAAUAAAUAUCUUAGAUUAAAAGUACCCGAAGUAGACGGUGUUAUUAUACCAAGUAGCGAACAUCGAAUGGCAGCAAUAUUGCGACAUCCGCGACCUCGAACUCGCCGUGAAGUCAUAGAAAUACUUACCGAUCAAACAGAUAACGAGUACCGUGUUUAUCAAGAGUUCGGACCAGAUGAUUACGUUAAGACGAUAGCAACUGGAAUAUUCGAUUGUGUUAAAAGAACUUGGUCUAUUUACGCCGAUAAACCAAAAUUCAACGAGCCAUUAGUUGUUUUGCCUAUACGUACAGAAACAUUUUAA